AUGUCGAGCAAGCAACUUAUCUCCUACGAUGAGGCCAAGAACUCAGCCUUCGACAAGGUCCUCCACAAGCAGUCGAAAGAUGCCAAGGGCGGAAUCAGUGCCAUGAUGAAGAAGGACAACGCCGCGCACGUUGCCGCUGUGGACGAGUAUUUCCAACAUUGGGACAACAAGAAGGCCGAGGACGAGGACGAAGGCACCCGACAAGAACGAACGGACAACUACGCAAGCCUUACCCGACAAUACUACAACCUCGCCACGGAUUUCUACGAGUACGGGUGGAGUCAGUGCUUUCACUUCUGCCGGUUUGCCUACGGCGAGACCUUCCACCGCGCCAUAGCCCGCCACGAACACUACCUCGCACACAGCAUCGACAUCAAGCCAGACAUGAAGGUUCUCGAUGUUGGCUGUGGUGUCGGCGGUCCGGCCCGAGAGAUUGUCAAGUUCACUGGCGCCCACGUCACCGGGCUGAAUCUCAAUGAAUACCAAGUUUCGCGAGCAACCAUCUACGCAGAGCAGGAAAGGCUAUCCUACAAGCUCAAGUUUGUUCAGGGGAACUUUAUGGGAAUCCCGUUCCCCGAUAACUCGUUCGACGCCGUCUACGCAAUCGAAGCGACUGUACAUGCCCCCUCGCUCAAGGAUGUCUACAGUGAAAUUUUCCGUGUUUUGAAGCCGGGCGGCAAGUUUGGUGUCUACGAGUGGUUGAUGACCGAGGCGUACGACAACGACAGACUUGACCAUCGCCGAAUCCGCCUCGACAUUGAGCAGGGCGACGGUAUUGCUCAGAUGUUCAAGAUUUCCCACGGCAUCGCCGCCAUGAAAGACGCUGGAUUCGAGCUAGAGAUUAACGAGGACCUGGCGGACGACAAGGACAGCGCGGCUCCGUGGUACUGGCCCCUCGACAGCAACGUGAGAUAUGUGCAGACGCUGGGCGACCUGGUGACGGUGAUGCGGAUGAACAAGUGGGGCCGGCUGGUGAUGCACAACAUCUUCAGUGUCAUGGAGGCUGUUCGACUCGCACCAGCGGGAACGAGGAAGACGGCCGAGAGCUUGUCGACUGCGGCGGACGCACUGGUGGAGGGCGGCAAGCAGAAGUUGUUUACGCCCAUGUACCUGAUGGUGGGGAAGAAGCCGGAGGUAUCUGAUGCAUAG